UGUAUCGUCAUUGGUACCCCCUCCCCAAACUCGGGGCGGUUGCUACGGAAACCCCAGGCCCCGCCCUCCGGCUAUCGCCAUGGAGACAGGUAACGCGGCCCUCGCCUCCCGCUCCAACGGCUCCAUCUUCGGGAUGAACGCUCUCCCGCCACUGCCCCCCGGGAGCUCGCAGUGCUGGAUCCCCGAGCCUGCAGGACGGCCCCCUACCCUCGCCCCGGUGCCCCGGGCUGCCGCAGAAACCUGGAGCGCCUUCGCCCCGGUUCCGGCCCGAGCUGGACUCACCCGAGAGGUCAUCAAGUGGCUGCAGAGUCUCGACCUGAAGUUCCCGUUCAAACACGUCAGGAAAGCCUUUUCUAAUGGUUAUCUUGUGGCUGAAAUCUUCUCCUGGUACUAUCCUCAAGAUAUUGACAUCAAAGUCUUCAACAAUGGAGUCUCAUUCCCUUCCAAGCUGAAGAACUGGUCACAGCUGGAGCAUUUUUUUUUCAGGAAAAAGUUGAACAUUCCCAAGGAACUAAUUUAUGCUACAAUGCAUUCCAAGCCUGGUGGAGCUGAGUAUUUGAUACAACAUAUAUAUACCUUACUGACAAACAGGCAAGCAAAGCUCAUCCUUGAUGAUGAAAUGAACUUUAUGGACUAUGGCUACCAGCUAAAGCUGCCUUUGAUUGCCCGGGCAACUGCCACCAAUGCUAUUCGCACCAACUUGACAUUAACUGAGCUAUUGGAAAACCCUGACAUCUUCACAUGCAGUCAGAAAGCUCUGGAUAUUGUCAACAUGCAUGUGCAACACAGACAACUAGCAAGGCUAGAACAUCCAAAACGCUAUAAUUUGAAGCCCACGCUGGGAGAGAAAGCAACCAGACUUCCACUCCCUCAAUAUCAGUAUGAGUGUUUGUAUCCUGACAGCAAAAGAACAGAAAUGGCUGAAUCAAAAAACUUGAUUCCCUCCAAUAUUUCCCAGUUUGUUCUGAAGCCAACUCUUUGGUAUCUCUGUUCUUCCUGAGUGAGCUGAAGGAGUUCUGUCGACAAGUUGUUUGAUUUUGAGGAAGAUUCAAAGCAAUCGUGAUAAAUGUUAUCUGAAAUCGAAACAACCAAGACUUAUCAUUGCUACUGGUUUACACAUUAUGUCAAAUGGCAGUUUGCAGAAUACUUCAUGUGUUUUUUUUUGCAUCUAUUAUGAUUUCUUGCUAGACUAGUGAUCUAUGUCAUUUUACUAAGAUUGUUGCAACAUGGAAACAGACGGCCGAAUCAAAUCAGCCUUCCUACCUCUGAAUUUGUAACACAGUAUAUUGUAAAUCUUUCAAAAUCCCUCAAAAUUGAAUCCCAGUGGUUCCUAACCAGACUUUUUGAACAAUCAAUCCCAGACUCUGUGAAUAAAAUUCUACAGACCAGGUUUGUAGCUUAAACAAAAGAUUCAACAAUUUAAAAGCAACGUGGUAACUUUGACAGUGAAAUUAAACAACCAAAUAAUAUAAUUGAUAUCUAUUAUGCCCAAUAACCUUUAUUUUCAACCCCAUUUACACAAGACAGACAAAAAAAAUACAGUUAAAAGAUUAAAAAAACACUGGCCAGAUUGCUGAGAUGCUUUUCAUGAUGCAUUGUUCCACAGACAUAGAUGAUUGUUUUCUGAUUGAUUUUCUGCAGACGUUGAUCAGUGUCACCUUUUCAGUUCAUUCUGAGGAGGUUUUGGUGAUACCUGUCACUUAGUUUCUAAUCUGUGAACUUCCAUUAGUUGAUAAUGGAAGAUUAGACAGGGAGCUUUCAAACCUUAAUUAUGUAACAUUAACAGCCAAACCUCUCGCCACAGAACCCAAUUCAAACUGUUUGACCAUCAUCUUCCCGUCUAGACUUGCUGACACUAAUUCCUGGGAAGUGACCUCAUUAACGUAUUGCUAACGUGGCUGGGAAAUUGGUUGACUGACAGGUGACAAAGUAGGGAUAAUGAUUGAGUACUCAAACUGGCAGGAUGUGAUCCGUGGUAUCCAACAGGAUCUCUGUUAGGCCUCAAUUAUUCAUAUUAAUUAUUAAUGACUUUGGGUAACGGCAGAAAAAGUUAUGUAUCCAAAUUUGUUGAUGACACAAAGUUGGGCAGCAUUGUAGAUAAUGUAGAUGGUGUAAAAUUACAAAGGGAUAUCGAUGGACUAAGUAAAUGAGCAAAACUGUGGCAAAUGGCAUACAAUGUAAGCAAGUGUGAGGUUUUCCAUUUUAAACUGAAACAGAAUAGAUCUAGAUGGUAUGAAGUUAAAUUUAGUGGCUGUAAAAAGAGACUUGGAGGUUCAGGUGCAUAGAUCUUUAAAACGUCAUGAACAAGUGCAGAAAAUAAUCAAGGAAGCUGACUACUAGAGGAUUGGCGUAUCAGAAUACAGAAGUUAUGCUGUAGCCAUACAAAACCUGGAUGAACCCCACUUGGAGUACUGAGAGGAGAUCUGGACACCAUACCUGAGGAAGGAUAUAUUGCCCUUGGAAGGAAUACAACUUUGGUUUAUAAGACAGAUGCCUAGACUUCAGGAUUAAGUUAUGAGGAGAAAUUACACAAAUUAGGCCUGUUUUCUCUAGAAUUUAGAACGUUAAGAGUGAUCUAAUCAAAGUCUUCAAGAUAUUAACAGGACAAGACAGAGUCAAUAAAGACAAACUAUUUUCAUCUCUAGAACUAAGGACUAUUUCCUGACAGUGAAACAUUAAACGUACUUCCCCAACCUCAUGCUGUUAUGAGUUAGUGAUAGAGUCAUAGAGCACAGAAACAGACCCUUCAGUCAAACUCAUUCAUGCUGACCAAGUUUCAAACUAAACUAGUCCCAUUUACCUACGUUUGGCCUAUAUCGUUCUGAACCUUGCCAGUUCAUGCAACUGCCCAAAUGUCUUUUGAAUGUUGUAACUGUACCUGCAUCUACUACUUUCUUUGACAAUUCAUUCAUGUGUGAAUAUCUUCUGUGUGAAAAAUCUUUCUCCUCUCACCUUAAAAAUAUGCUCCCUAAUUUUGAACUCCGCCAUCCUUAUUCA